GGUGAAGCCAUUGACUAUUUGAAAAAGAAUGCCUUUGUCCAAUCUGCUGGGGCCAGGAAAGGAUUUCCAAAAAUAGCAGUAAUCAUUACUGAUGGUAAAUCCCAAGAUGAAGUAGAAAUUCCAGCAAAGGAGCUUCAGAACUUAGGAGUAGAAGUUUUCACAUUGGGCAUAAAGGCAGCAGAUGCAAAAGAGCUAAAACAAAUGGCCUCCUUACCAUCUCUAAAACAUGUGUACAGUGUUCCUAACUUUGAUGCUAUUGUUCAAGUACAAAAUGAAAUUAUUAGUCAAGUUUGCUCUGGUGUUGAUGAGCAGCUUAGUGAUAUCACUAGUGGG